UCAUCCGACCAAGCCUGUACCUCCACGUACAGCGCAGAAAUUCAUUCGCUGGUCUAUUUUCCUCUCGCAGUACCGCUACGAUAUCUUGUAUCGGUCCACUGCUACGCACGGAAACGCCGAUGCGUUGUCCCGUUUGCCUGUUGCUGAGGAUAAAGCAUUCGAUUCUUCCGAACUCGCUUGCAUGUUCAUUGAUUCGGAAACCGAUGAAGUGGUCGAAUCGUUUCCGAUUGAUUUUCGUCGUGUCGCUACAGCCACAGCUGCUGACCCUGUCCUUGCUACUGUUUUACGUUUUGUUGCUACGCAAUGGCCUUUGUCAAAGUCUCGGAUCGAGGAUCCGUUGGUUCGCCGAUUUUUUGCUCACAAGGAGAGACUUUUUGUUCGACGUGGUGUUUUGUUGUUGCGUUCUGAUAAUGAUCAGUCCAGAGUCGUGGUCCCACGUUCGUUACAAUCCUCUGUUUUACGGCUUCUUCACCAAGGACAUUGGGGUAUAGUGCGAACGAAACAACUUGCUCGUCAGCACUGUACUUGGUUCGGAAUCGAUGCUGCGAUUACGAAUAUGUGUUCUUCGUGCCCGGCGUGUGCCGAACAACAGUCCGCACCGCCGCGGAAAGUCUUUGCGUGGCCAAAAGCCACUUCCCCUUGGCAACGCUUGCACAUUGAUUUUGCUGGUCCAUUCUGGAAUGCUCGAUGGUUAGUUCUGGUCGACGCCUUCAGUAAUUUUCCUUUUGUUGUCCGGAUGUCUUCCACGACGUCCUCCGCCACCAUCCAAGCGUUGUCUGCUAUCUUUUGCAUUGAAGGUCUUCCGCAGACUAUUGUUUCCGACAAUGGCCCACAAUUCAUGUCCGCAGAAUUUCAGUCAUUCUGCCAGGCCAAUGGUAUUCAACAUCUGACAUCCGCGCCGUUUUCGCCUCAGUCCAACGGUGCCGCUGAACGAUUGGUCCGGACUUUCAAGUCACAGAUGUUGAAAUUGAAGGAGUCGCAUUCUCGGGAGGACGCAUUGUUGCUCUUUUUGUCUUCGUAUCGCUCUCAGCCCCGAGAUGGUCGCUCGCCGGCUGAGUUGCUCCACGGUCGUCCUCAUCGCACCUUGAUGUCUUUGCUGCAUCCGCCGCAUCAGGUUCCUGUGCAGCGGCAGACUCCUGCUUUUGCUCCAGGCGACGUUGUAUUUUAUCGCAACUAUCGAGGUUCACGGCGUUGGCUCGCAGGGCGCAUUCUUCGCUGCCUCGGCCGCGCGAUGUAUUUGGUUUUGGGGGCCUCUGGUGAGGUGCGUCGGCAUCUCAAUCAGCUGCGCCUCUGUCGUCGCUCGGGUUCUGCCGCUCCCCGUCUGCUUUCAGCGACGGUGCCGUCCGGUCAGCGCCCUGGGGACCCAUCUACUGGCUCGCCUCAUCCCCAGGUGUUACCGACGAUGCCUUCCAUUUUGCCCCAUGGCGACGCGCCGCCGCCGCCGCAGCACCAUCUCAACUUCACGGUGUCGGCCCAGCUACCGACACAACAACAAGAAUAG